AUGUGGGUUCACCGCGGGGGAUGCCCGCACAUGAUCGAGUCGACCGCUCAGCUGACGGCUGCUGCUUUGGCCGACAAAAAGGGCCAGGGCCGGAACGAGGACGGAUCCGGUGCCGCAUCUUCGGCGGGAGAAUAUGCUGCUAGAUUGGCCUACUCUACUGCGUUUUCUAGAUUCGUCACAGGUCUAUUAGACGGACAGCAAGACAAGAUCCGCAAACAGAGCAUGUACUCUCUCGCCAAGACCAUCGGACUACCUGCCGCCUUCGUCGAGCUGCGACACCAGACCACGCACGAGGAGCUCCCGUCCACCCCGAAGCUGCGCAAAGCGGCCGUCAAGGCUAUGGAUUGGAUAUGGGAGCAGUACUGGUCACGGCUGGGGGACGACUACGAACCGGGCGCCGAGUGCGCCGUCGAGGCCGCCCUUCUGCGCUACGUGCGGCGGUGGCCGGCGGGGGGCAUGUCGGGGCUCAGGGCCGAGCUGACGGGUCGGUGGAGCGCGGAGCAGCUAUCGCAGUCUCUGUCUGACUUGAGGGGACGGAUACCUCCCGGGGAGCAGGAGCAGACCGGUCUUUCGCGUUUAAUGGAGGAGCUCUCUAGGUCCGAGGAGGCAAAUGCUGAUCGGUCAGAGGACUCGCCGUGGUCACUUCAUAGGGGGGCCUGGACGGCUAGACCUAUCGGCGAGGUGUGA